AUGGGUUCCAGGCUCAGCCGUCAAAGCAGUCUGGACAACGACAAUUUCUCGAGAAGGCGACGGAAGCACCUCGACAGCACCGGGGAGAGUGACCGGAGUGGGAGUCGUGGUAGCGGGGACUUCUUGUUUACAUCCCUAAUGCUGAAAUCGGACAAACUCCCGGGGAUGCUACGGAGGACGAACCCCAGCCCAUACGUUAGAAGAGUCGCGUGGAUCCGUGAGAUUCAAAAGCUUAUCCGCGAACGGAAAACCGAGGAAGCCACAGACGUGCUCAAACUGUUGAGAAAGGACCUGGGCCUGGAGGGCACUUCUCUGAAUGAUAUUCUCUAUAAGAAUGCUGCGUUCCUCAACCUGGUGGAUCCGAUUUCUCACGAGCUUCUGCUAAGCCUAGCUCGAGACAUGCAGUGCCCCAAGAAGGACGCAGAAACGAUGAAGUCAUCUGAUAAGAUCUGCAGACAGCUCAUUUAUCACCUGACCCCUCACUCCAAAUGGCUUCGACAGAGUAUGAACCGCAGGAAAUCACAGGCCUGUCUCAAAACAACCCUCCAGAAGAAACUUUGUAGUGACUCUGUGGACCUUUCCGGAAUCCCGUUGUCGACGCGUGACGUGCGGCACGUGGCGUAUUACCUUCAGACCAGCGGUGCCGUCGUGGCGGCCGUUGACCUGAGCUUUACCGAGCUGCGGGACGAAGACCUGCGUUUACUGCUCCCCGUGUUGGGUGCGCUACCCAAGCUAACCACGCUAGCGCUCAACGGGAACCGCCUGACUGUGGCCAUCCUUAAAGACCUGUCUGAGUCUCUGAAAAACCCCAAAACCUUCUCCUACCUGGCCUGGAUCGACCUGGGCAACAACGUGGACAUCUUCACAAUGCCACAGCCCCUCCUGGUGGCACUGAGGCGUCGGUGCAGCCUGAGGAGCAGUCUGCCCACUAUCUACGAGUAUACUGAGGGCCAACCCUACUGCUACCGCAUGGAGAGCUCCAUCGAGGAGCCCAGCCACUACGAGGAGGAGGAAGAGGAAGAAGAGGAAGAGUUAGAGGACAAACUGGAGCUGGGGCCAUGGGGUAUUGGGGAAAGGAAAGAGUCAGGAAGUUUUACCCUACAUUACUGUGAGAGGUGA